UUCUAACAGCGUUCUAGGUUGGCCUGCAGUUGCUUCUCAAGUUUUGGACAGUUCGCAGGUCGUCGGGCGAGAAGGAUUAACAGGAUAUCUCACUAGGAUAGUACUUUGGAAUCCAUACUACUCCAGCAUGAUGCAACGCUGCUCGUGCGUCUUGGCAGUUCUGGUGCUGCUCUGGAGCGGUGGAUUGGCCCAGUUGCAGGUGCAGGCUCAAAGUGGGUACAACUAUGGGCGUCCCGAGGUGUCCAAUGUGGGUGGAGCCACCGCUGGAGGUCGCUUAGCACCAGGACCGUAUCCCACGGCCUCGGCCAUUCCACUGACUCCCGCUCCGGCCACCACGGCGUAUGGAGCUGGUUUGUUUCCCUCGCCUGCCGUUGGAUUUACACCCAGCGGUCAGGCCACCACUGCUUUUGGAGCUCCUGCCGUUGUGGGAGGCAGUAACGCCGUCAGCCAGCCGAGGAGAACUUCAUCUGGGGGUCUGCCCAACACAUCAUCUCGCGGUGGACCCUAUGGACCACAGACUUCACAGUACGGUAAUGCUCCCGGUGGCUCUCCAAUCCGAGUUACAAGUGGAACAGGAGACGGCGGGGACUACAACGAUGGCGAAGGCGACUACUCGGCCAUUCCGGGGGUUCCUGGAGUAGAUUACCCCAUUUACGCACAGGUGCCGCGCACCAACUUCGAUUGCUCGCAACAGCCCCUGCCCGGAUACUAUGCGGACAUCGAGGCGCAGUGCCAGGUCUUCCACAUCUGCGCCCUCAACCGGACAUACUCCUUUCUCUGUCCCAAUGGCACGGUGUUCAGCCAGGAGACACUGGUCUGCGUUUGGUGGAACCAAUACGAUUGUGUCUCGGCACCCAGCUUAUAUGCCAAUAAUGCUUACAUCUAUGAUUACUCUGGAGGAAGUGGCUCCAAUCUAGGAACCUCUAGUGCCAAUAAUGCCUAUCGUCCGGCUGCUGCUGCUACCACUGCCUUCGGGGCACCUGUUGCCACGGCCGGAACCCUUCGGGCCACCGGAGUGCCUCAGGUGUCUGGUUACAAUUCCGGACGGGGGUCUUAUCCUUCGGCCACGCCCACUCCAGCCGCCCAGGCUCAGAGCGCGUAUGGCGCUGGUGCCGUUCUUCGACCCGCCAUCGUCCCGAGUGCCGGAGCCAAUCGGUUGCCGCCGUCUGGAGCUGCUGUCGGUCUGUUGGCCACCGCCGCUGGUUCUCUUCAGGAUAACUCGGUGGCUGGCUUCGGUCAACAGCAGCAACCUCAGUUGGUGACAGGUGGAAAUCGGGAGUACCUGCCACCGGCCAGCAUUGGACAACGGCAGCGUGGAGGAACCUCAGCAUAGACAUUGAAACCCUGGCGAACCCUGGCACCUGUACCCGGUUUUAUGGCAUUAGAUUUAGCGACCCUAGAUUUAGCCUCUUUAUAGUAUGUUAGGAGCUCCGAACAUAGAUCUGUGUAAUUAGUUUUAAUACCCAUUCAAUGAAAUAUACUAAAAAUAACUUCUUAAAA